AUGUUUGAAUCUGAAGAUUACAGGUUGACUUUGGAUAGUUUGUUUUUUGAAAGACCAGUUGUUCAGAAAGUCACUCCCUUAUGUAAUGAUCAAGGAAGUUGGCAGCUUACCCCUGCACCAUUAAUUUCUGAAAUACCAGCUUCUCAGGACUUGCAGAAUGAGAUAAAAUCUCUCUGGUCUUCAGAUUCUACCGAGAGACCAAAAAGAUUCAUCCCUCCAUUGAAAAAAACAACAGAAAGAGAGAAUUCCUUUCAAGAAAAAUGUAAUCUUCAGAAUGAUGAAAUAUAUGAAAUUGGUUUAGAAGCUGCCAGCAAUAAUUGCCAACAUUGUUCAGACACUCAGUUGCAGCAGGAUUCAGCACAGUUGUUGGAUUUGAGAACUUUACAUUCCAGUUCUAGAAACCAUGGAGCAAACGAUCAGUUUAGAAAAAGCUUGUUUAAAACUCCACAACCAAAGAUUCUGAGGAGUUUCGACAACACAUUAUCAGGUUUAGAAACUAACGAGCAGAGAGACUGUUCUAAUGUCACGUUGUCUAAGUUUAUAGAGGAUGAAUUUGUGAAAACCUUUGAGAACAUUCAGAGCCCCUUGCAUGGCUCGGGUCUUGAAUUGUUCAGCACAUGUGAUUCUGCCACUGCAAAAUACCGACAAACCACAAAAACAGCUCAUGUCCUUCCUUUAACACCACAACCACUUAACGUACAAGGUGUAUCAAGCAAGGGUUCAGGAGUUCUGAGGCCAGUUACUGAAAUUCCUGCACAAUUCCGAUCUGUUUUUAAGGAGUUUCCAUAUUUCAAUUAUAUUCAGUCUAGAGCUCUAGAUGAACUUCUUUACACCAGUAGAAAUUUUGUCAUUUGUGCUCCAACUGGUUCUGGAAAAACUGUUCUCUUUGAACUCGCCAUUAUUCGUUUGCUUAUGGAAGUUCCACCACCAUGGUCCAACAUUAAGGCUGUAUACAUGGCUCCAAUUAAGGCCCUGUGCAGUCAACGCUAUGAUGAUUGGAAACCAAAAUUUGGGCCUUUAGGGUUGAAUUGCAAAGAGCUGACAGGAGAUACAGAAAUGGAUGACUUCUUUGAGAUUCAAGAUGCUCAGCUUAUCAUGACUACACCAGAAAAAUGGGACAGCAUGACAAGGAAGUGGAGAGAUAAUUGUUUGGUCCAGUUGGUUCGACUGUUUCUUAUUGACGAGGUUCAUGUUGUAAAAGAUCCAACACGUGGAGCAACUCUCGAGGUUGUGGUCAGUAGGAUGAAAACCAUGCAUUCCUCCCUGUCAUGUGGGUCAGAUAGUCCUGACUCUAAAGUCUCUAUGAGAUUUGUGGCUGUUUCUGCAACAAUUCCAAAUAUAACGGAUAUUUCAGAUUGGCUGUCAGAUGGUACUGAGCCAGCUACAUGUUUGGAAAUGGAUGAAACUCAUAGGCCGGUGAAACUUCGCAAAGUAGUUCUUGGAUUUCCCUGCUCUGGAAACCAAACCGAGUUCAAGUUUGACUUGUUUCUUAAUUACAGAAUGGCAAGCAUCAUUCAAACAUAUUCCGAUCAAAAACCAACACUUGUGUUUUGUGCGACAAGAAAGGGAGUGCAACAAUCUGGAACUGUUCUUGCAAAAGAUGCCAAGUUUAUUAUGAGCAUUGAACAUAAACAAAGGUUACAAAAGUGUGCCAACUCCUUGCACGACUCAAAACUGAGAGAUUUAGUGAUGUGUGGAGUUGGAUUCCACCAUGCUGGUAUGGACAUAUCUGACAGAAAAAAAAUUGAAGGUGUUUUUACCCUUGGAGACUUACCAGUGCUUUUUACAACAAGCACCUUAGCUAUGGGUGUGAAUCUGCCAGCUCACUUGGUGGUUAUCAAAUCAACAAUGCAUUACGCUGGAGGAAUGUUUCAAGAGUACAGUGAAACUGACAUACUGCAAAUGAUUGGAAGAGCGGGCAGGCCCCAGUUUGAUACCACAGCUACGGCAGUAAUAAUGACCAGGUUCCAGACAAAAGAGAAAUAUACACAUCUUGUUAGUGGUGCUGACACAAUAGAAAGCAGCCUACACAAACACCUUGUUGAACAUUUAAAUGCAGAGAUAGUCUUGCACACAAUCUCCGAUGUUAAAGUUGCUCUGGACUGGAUAAGAUCCACGUUUCUUUACAUAAGAGCUCUGAAAAAUCCAAGCCAUUAUGGUUUUCCACCUGGGCUGGACAGAGCAGGAAUUGAAGCCAAAUUACAAGAACUUUGUCUCAAGAAUCUGUAUGCUUUAUCUUCGAUUGGCUUGAUAACAAUGGAUGAGGAUAUCAAUUUUAAGCCAACAGAGACUGGAAAGCUAAUGGCACGCUAUUGCAUUGCAUAUGAUACAAUGAAACAAUUCACCCUUGUUCCUGGAACCGGGACAUUGUCAGACCUGCUCACACUGAUUUCUAAAAGCAAAGAAUUUUCAGAUGUCCAGCUGAGGGUAAACGAGAAGAGAACAUUGAACACCUUAAACAAAGACAAAAAUAGGGUAACCAUCAGGUUUCCUGUUGAUGGGAAAAUAAAAAACAAUGAAAUGAAAGUGAACUGCUUAAUACAGGCACAGCUAGGCUGCAUGGCAGUUCAAGAUUUUGGUUUGACACAAGAUACAGGAAGAAUAUUCAGAAAUGGAACUAGACUAACAAAAUGUUUGUCUGAAUUUUUUGUCCAGCAUGCAAAGAAGAACUUUUCAGCUCUGCUCAACUCAUUGAUUCUGGCAAAAUGUUUUAGGUCCAGACUUUGGGAAAACUCUCCAUUUGUAUCAAAGCAACUUGAGAAAAUCGGUGUAACACUAUCAACCGCAAUGGUAAAUGCAGGGAUUACAACAUUCCAAAAGAUUGAAGAAACUCAUGCACGGGAACUGGAGAUGAUUGUGAACAGACACCCUCCUUUUGGAAACCAAAUAAGAGAAGCUGUCAUACACCUUCCAAAGUAUGAAGUCAGUGUAGAACAGAUUGCAAGGUACAACGCAUCAAUAGCAGAGAUCAUUGUAACAGUCAAUUUAACAAAUUACGAGCAGCUUAGGAUAAAGAGAACCGCACCAGACAAUCAUUACGUUACCUUGCUUAUAGGAGAUUGUGAUAAUGAAGUGGUUUUUCAGCAAAAACUCACUGAUUCACUUCUACUGAAAUCUGGGAGCUGGUCUAAGAAAAUUGAAGUCACAAGAGCACUCAAAGGUGAAGAACUGAGUGUGAAUCUUAUUAGUUCAGAAUAUGUUGGAUUUGACAUUCAGCAGAAGUACAGUGCCUUUUACUCUGGGCCAAAGAGAUUUGGAACUCAUGCCAACAUGUGGGAGAAGCCACAAUCUGAACAUUUACAGGUCACAGCACAGAGUGCUGAAAUAUCUGUGGUUCGUGCACCUAGUAAGUUUGGAGCAGAAAUAACCUGCCCUGAUCCUGGAAAGAGACAAUGCAACCAUUACUGUAAAAACAAAGAGCAAUGUGGGCAUGAGUGCUGUAAAGUUGGAGUGCCAGUACUACACAAAAGUGUUACGCAGCCACAGUCCAACUUUUCUUCAUACCUAAGAGAUCUUAAAAGUAGAAAUGAAACAUUAGCAGUGACACCUGUGAAACGUUUAAAGAUGAAAAUGUCAGAGGAUGUUGAUGCUGUGGACCUUCAACAGUUUUCAUAUACACGGAAAACUCCCUUGUCUUCUGUAGCAAGGCGUGAAAGCCUGCCAACUGGUCUACCAACCCAAGCAGACAAAUGGGAGGCCUUAGAUGAUUUUUCAACACCACAGCAGCUGGGAAAUAUAGACUAUUAUGGUGAAGAUAAUGAGAACCAAUCUUGUAGUUACCCCAAUUGGAAUGUCAUGGAAUAUGAAGAUCAACUUCUUGUUCCAACCACUGCAGCUUCAAAGAGUAAAAGUAAUGACAGAGGCCAUUGCUGCAUUGAUUAUCAUAAUUUGAAUAUUACGGUACCUGAAGAUCAGUUGCCUGCACUAGACACUGCAAAAUCAGAAAAAUUUUCAGUGUGGAACAAAUCCGUAAAUGGAAACCUAAGGAAUCCUAUCCCGGACACUCAAAACAAAGCUGCAAUUAAUUUUGUCAAGCAAAGUAUGAGUGAUGCUGAUGAAAGUGGGGACUUUUCAUCAGACACUUUAAAUGUGACGUUUGAUCUAGGAGUAGAUGAUUGGGAUAAUUUUGAUGAUGAAAAUUUGGUGCAUGCAAGCAAUAUUGCAAUUGCAGAAAUACCAAAACCAAAGCCAGAGAGGCCAGAAGGGUUUUCAUCAGCAUUAUUCUCAAAGGUUGCUCAGGCCAAACCAGCAUUGGAAGAAUUUCACAGAUGUGGAACCCACAGGACGACCUCUAAAGACAGUAGUGUGGUACAAACGUCAUACAAUUCCGCUGUCAGUUAUUUGCCACCAGACUUCAGGAGAUUCUCAAAUGAAACAACUAAAUGUUACACUGAAAUGUAUGGAAACAAACCAGCAUCUUCAUACUCCAGAGCAAAUGAAACAAAACUAUCUACAUCAAAUGGGAUGUUUGAUUUCUUUACAAAGCAGAGUAAUGUGAAGAGUGCUUUGGAAGUCACUGGCAGACAUGAAGAGGAAGACGAAUCAAAUGAUGUGAAUGCAUUCCUCGGAAUAUUUAAUGGAAUAUUUUAACAUGUUUGACUUUUUUUAAAUUGAAUUGUUUGAAACUGCACAGUUGCCAACAUUGUUCAAAAUAGUAUUUCAUAUUUGGAUUUUAACAAAAACAUUUUAAUUCUACACUACAAUUAAACUGCGUAUUCAA